CGAGUGAUCCCCGCUCCGAGAGCCACCCCCGGGCCCUAAGCCACCCCCGGGCCCUAAGCCACCCCCGGGGACCCGCUGCCGCGGGGAACAGCCCUGGGAGCCUCGGCCCGGCUGUUUCGGAGAGCGAGGGGAAGCGGAGGCUGGGUCGGAGGGGGAUCCGACGGCGGCGGGCGCUGCCGUCCGCUCCCCUCGGGGGGCUCCCGGGGCUGCCCGGCCCCGCCAUGCCGUGCGUUUCUGGGGUCGCGGUGCCGGCCGGGAGCGGCAGCAGAGCCGUGUCAUUGUCCCGGCAGGUGCAGGGCACCGGCGGCAGCAGCGCCGUCAGCAAGUGCUCGGCGGCAGCGCGGGGCUACAUCCAGGACCGGUUCCUGCGGCUCCUGGCGGGGCGGCGGCGGCGGCGGGCGCCCCUGAUCCACCGGGGUUAUUACAUCCGUGCCCGUGCUGUGGAUCACUGUGUUCAGGACUUCCUGCUGAAGACACAGAGCCUGCCCAGGACACAGAUCCUGUCUUUAGGUGCUGGCUUUGAUUCCUUAUACUUCCGUUUGAAGGAUAUGGGUCUUCUGCAGCACACUGUGGUGUAUGAGGUGGAUUUCCCAGAUGUGGCAUGCCAAAAAGCUGCUCUGAUCAAAGGAGUGAAGGAGUUGUCAGCACUGGUGGGAGAUGCUGGAGGGGAAGGAUUAGGAGCCAUUACCAUUUCUGGAGAUGAUUAUAAAUUACUGGGAGUGGAUUUAUCAGAGCUCCCUGAGCUGGAGAGAACCCUGGAGGAAGCAGGACUGAGCAAUGAAAUCCCCACCCUCUUCAUCGCAGAGGUGGUGCUCACCUACAUGGAGACCGCCAGGUCAGAUGCCCUGAUUCAGUGGGCAGCAGAGCGUUUCCCUCGGGCGUGCUUCCUGCUCUACGAGCAGGUGCAGCCACAGGACCCCUUUGGGCACAUCAUGCAGCAGCACUUCAGGCAGCUGAGCACGGCACUGCGCUCGCUGGCGCUGUACCCCGACUGCCCGGCCCAGCACCGGCGCUUCCUGGCCAAGGGCUGGACUGAGUGCAGUGUCAUGGAUAUGAAUGAGUUUUUCACCUGUUGUAUUCCAGAAGAUGAGCAGCAAAGAGUGCAGACUCUGGAGCCUUUUGAUGAGUAUGAGGAAUGGCAUCUGAAGUGUUCUCAUUACUUUGUGUUGGCUGCGUCGAAGGGGAUGGAACCUUCCUGGACUCCGUUGUCACCCAGUGGGACAGUUCCCCGUCACGCUGCUGCUGUCGGGGUGGCAGGCAGUGUCCCUGCAGCGCUGUGUGCAGGGCUCUCCGGGCUCCCUGGCCUCAGGCGCUACGGUCACCGCUCUGUUCUUGUAAAGCCCAACGUGAUUGUCACCACGGGAGGCUUUGGGGAGGAGCACGGACAGCACUGCCGUGUGAGGAAUGUCCACCUGCUGAGCAGGCACGCAGGCCACUGGGAGGCUGUCUGUGUGACACAGAAUGUUCCUGAUCAAAGAUGGGGUGAGAGGCUGUACCAUACUGUGUCUCGUCUCUCGGACACUCUGGCUCUGGUGGUAGGAGGACGGACGUCCCCAUCGAGCACAGGCUUGGGAAUGUUGUGGCUGAAGUUCCCCAAAACCUGUGGUGCCUCAGGCCCAGGUGACGUUUCAGUGGAGCUUGCAAGUCUGCACCCUGAUGCUGAAGCAGCAGCUUUGCGUUGGAGACACAGCACAACUGAAAUUACAUUCAAAGGUGAGCAGUACCUGUUUGUGUACGGCGGCCGCUCUGCUCUGCAGCCUGUGCUCGGGGAUUGGCAUUUCCUGCACACUCCAGAGCUCUCCUGCGCUGCGAUUCCUGUUGAUGGUCCAGUCCCAGAAAGCCGCCACUCUCACAGUGCCUGCAGCUGGGAGGGAGGUGUGCUGAUUGCAGGAGGUCUGGGAGCAGCUGAGCAGCCCUUGGGGUCAGUUUUCCUUCUGAGGGAGCUUGAACAUGGCUUUCAGUGGCAGACAAUAGAGACACACCCUCCUCUUGUCCCACGGUAUUCACAUACUGCACAUGUGCAUGAAGGAAAGCUGCUGCUCGUUGGUGGAGUGUGGUUCCAUGCAUCCUCUGUGCCCGGUGUCACUGCCAUCGACCUAAGGACCGGGCUCUGCUUGAACUAUGUGAUUAAUGUGGAGCACCUGGAGUGGCCAUUAAUGCUACAUAAUCACAGCAGUGUCUUUCUGCCAGAUGAGAAGGAGCUGUUGGUCAUUGGCGGUGGUGGAAACUGCUUCUCCUUUGGGACACACCUGAACCCAGAGCCUGUCUUGCUGAGCCUCAGCAGCAUCCUGGCCAGCCACUGAGUGGGACCAAGCGGGGCUGAGCCCUGCUGCUGCACUGUGGGGAGACAUCUGUUCACUCUAGGUCCAGAAACAGCACAGUAUUUCCACAAAGGCUUUGUGUCCAGAAUGCAUUUGUGAAGGUGGGAUCAGGAGGGACAGUUACAGUGAGGGAUUCACACCUCACUGGCUGUUGAGUUUUUACGGCUCUUUGUGUUGCUGUAAAUACAGUACCUCAAAAGCAGCUGGCAGCAGUAGUGCUUAGAGGUGAAGAACAGUGUGGUUUGGCUUGGAAGGCGCUGUAAAGACCAUCCUGUUUUACCCCCCUGCCAUGGGUAGGGAAACCUUCCCCUAGACCACGUUACUCCAAGCCCCAUCCAGCCUGGCCUUGGACACUUUGAUGGAUGGGGCAUCAACAGCUUCUUGGGGCAAUGUGUGCCAGGGCCUCACCAGCCUCACAGGGAAGAAUUUCUUCCCAAUAUCCAAUCUAAACCUACUCAGUUAGAAGCCAUUCUCCCUUGUCCAGUCUCUCCAGGCCCCUGUAAAUAGUCUCUCUCCAUCCUUCUUCUUGGCCCCCUUCAAGUUCUGCGAGGCCACAAUUGGGUCACUUCAAAGCUUCUCUUCUCCAGGCUGAACAGUGCCAAUUCUCUCAGCCUUUCCUCAUAGCACAGAGGUGCUCCAUCCUUCUGAUCAUCUUGGGGUCUCCUCUGGACUCUCUCCAGCAGCUCCACAUGUUUGCUGUGCUGGGACCCCUGAGCUGCAGGGAGCACUGAGGCCAAAUCUUACUAGAGCAGGGCAGCUGCUCACACUGGGAUCAGCCAGGGACACAGGGCCAGGGCACGUCCAGCCUUUCAUUCACCAGCAUCCCCACGUUCUUGGCCAGGGCUGUUCUUGAUCUCUUCAUCCCCCAGCCUGGUUUGGUACUGGGGGUUGUCCUGAUCCACAUGCAGCACCACCACUUGGUCUUGUUAAACCUCAUGGGCUCCCAUGGCCCUUCUUGAGCUUAUCCAGCUCCCUCUGGAUGGCAUUUGGUCCUUCAGGAUGUGGAGCUGCUAGAAUGAGUCCAGAGGAGGCCACAGAGAUGCUCGAAGGCUGGAGCCUGUGUUCUGGAGACAGUCUGAGAGAGCUGGAGGUGUUCAGCCUGGGGAGGAGAAGGUUCCAGGGAGACCUUGGAGCCCCUGACUUCAAGAGAGCUGGAAACAGACUUUGGACAAGGGCCUGGAGUGCCAGGACAAGGAGGGAUUGCUUCCCUUUGCCAGAGGGCAGGAAUAGAUGGGAUAUUGGGAAGGAAUUGUUCCCUGUGAGGGUAGUGAGGCUCUGCACAGGUUUCCUGGAGAAGCUCUGGCUGCCCUUUGUUUGGAAGUGUCCAAGGCCAGGUUGGAUGGGGCUUGGAGCAGCCUGGUCGAGUGGAAGGUGUCCCUGCCCAUGGCAAGGUGGUGGUACUUGAUCUUUAAGGUUCCUUCCAACCCAAACCAAUCUGUGAUUCCAUGAUGAGUGUCUGACUGACUGCACAUCAGUUGCUGGGUGCAGAGAAAUUGUUAAUAUUAACUUAAUUUGGUUUUCUUUUCUCUCAUCCAAUAUUUUUGGAAUUUGUUUCUAUUUAUUAAAUUAUCUCACUUUAUGAGUUUCUUUCUCACUCUUUUUCUUUACUGAAUUGCCAGCUGGGGUUAAAGCACAAGACCCUUCCCCAGCUUCUCUGGACACACUCCAGCAACCUCAAUGUCUUUAUUGUUGUGCAGGGCCCAAAACUGAACACAGGAUUUGAAGUUCGACCUCACCAGUGCCCAGCACAGGGGCAUGGCCACUGCCCUGGUGUCAUGGAGGCUCAUGAAACUGAGACAAAUCAUUUAUUCAGAAGAGAUCUAUUUUAUGAAGCAGUUAGCCUCCUCCCGCUCCCAGCAAUUACAGAUCCAACAACAACUGAAAACAGAUUCAUGAUGUCAAAUGAAAUUGUUACCACCUGACUGACUUAAGGAAUCCUGAAUGUUUCAACAGGGCCAUGUGGAAUGCAUGGCAGCAAGGGCUCUCCAUUGGCCACCUGUGGGCUCCUGGGCAUCCAGAAGGGGGUUCUGACUGCCCGGGAUGGCACACAGAGGGCUCUGACUGCUCAGGAUGGCACACAGAGGGCUCUCACUGCCCCACACUGUCA